UUGAACAGGAGAAGAAGAAAGCCAUUCAUGGUUUAUUGUUAGCAUAACUCGACUGAGAGCUGAGGUGGAAGGCGGUGGGAUUUUCUUUUCUUUUUAUCGUAUUUCAGGCCGAUAUCUCAGCAGUUUUAGUAAUAAUGACCUUACUCCGGGACCUGAGGCAGUUUAUUAACGGGCGACUAACUGCUGCUGCAGAAGAAAUAUUCACAGAGUUUGAGAAAACGAUCGUCCAGUACGAGGAAGUGAUCGACCGUCAGCGCAGACUGCUGGAGAUCACCUGCAAACCCGAAAUAAAGCUGCACAGGAUAGACCUCCCACAGCAACAUGAUUGUCAUAAGGAUAAGGUUCCUGCUGACCAGGAGAAGAGCUCCAGUCUGGAGCAGGAACCUCCACCACAACAUGACUGUAAUAAGGAGAAGGUUCUAUCUGAGCAGGAGGGGAACUCCAGUCUGGAGCAGGAAGCUCCACAGAUUAAAGAGGAACUGGACGAAAUGCACAACAAUCAGCAGGAACCAGAACCUCCAGGGAUUAAAGAGGAACAGGAGGAGCGCUGCAGUGGUUACGAGGCAGAGCAUCUUAUAGUGAAGGAAGAGGAUGACACCUUAAUGGUGACUCUUACUUAUGGGGAAAGUGAUAGUGAAACAGAGCCAAUCAGUGAGCAGCUCUUCUCUCACAGCCCGCCUGCAGCUGAGAGCCGAGAUCAGGAAGAAAGCAUGAAUUUAGCCUCAGGAUCAAGUGCAAACGCAGAGCCAAAGCCAACGAAGAGACUUUCUAAAAGCAGGAGUCACAGUGACAGUGCAGAAGACUCUCCCAUGUCAGAGAGUCAGUGUAAUACAGACGCAGACCUCCAACUGCAACACCUCUCCAAAGUUGAGGAGGUUCUCACAGUCCAGGAGAGGAACUCCAGUCUGAAGGAAGCAGAGCCUCCGCAGAUCAAAGAAGAGGAGGAGGAGCUCAGCAUCAGUCAGGAGGGAGAGCUGAUUGUUCUGGAUGAGGACAGCGAUACCAUCAUGGUGACUGUUACGUAUGGGGAAAGCGACGAGAGUGAACCAGAAGCGGACAGCGAGCAGCUCCCCCCUCACAGCUCUCCUGCAGCCGAGAGGCGAUACCAGGGCAGAGGCAGCCAUGUCGAAUCGGCAUCAACUACACGUCUUAUGUACAAUGAUGUAGAUAAGUCUCUCAUAUUUAGCAGUCCUGUUUAUGUGGAGGGUUUUAGGAAUGAGCCUCUGCUUAUGCAACAGGACAUGAUCGACCCAGAUGAGAAGCCAUAUCCUUGUGAAAUAUGCGGGAAACAUUUUCGUAAACGUUUUAAUCUGGAGAUCCACAUGAGAGCUCACACGGGCGAGAAGCCUUUCUCGUGUAACGUGUGUGGGAAAGGUUUCACUCGAAAGGACAGCGUGAUCCUGCACAUGAGGACCCACACGGGUGAGAGGCCGUUUAUCUGCGGCUUCUGCGGCAGACGCUUCGGUCGGAAGGACAAUUUGGCUUCCCACAUGAGGAUCCACACAGGCGAGAGGCCUCAUUCCUGUAAAAUAUGCGGCAAAAGUUUCUGCCAAAGUAACGAUCUGCUGCGCCACACGAGGACUCACGCUGCAGAGAAGCCCGUUCCCUGUGACAUCUGUGGAAAAAGAUUUCGGGAUGCCUCUACAAUGAAUUUCCACCGGAAGAGGCAUAAGUGAGAGGCUGCAGUCCUGAAAGAGUCUUUGGAACUGAGAGGGUUUUAAUCUUUGUAUAAGUGAAUGCUAUCAUGAGUGUAUUCUGUGUAACUUCAUGUCAUAUAUCACUACCUCUGUUAUGCUUUGGUCUUGAAGCUGGGAGAAGCUCGCAUGCUCCCUGCUGACUGUUUAGAGCUGUUUUUUGUGACUGCAUCAUCUUUGAAUAGUUUUAGGAUUUGGAGGUGUUACCCAUGGUCUCUUUAUCUACUGCAAAGGUCCUGAUAGGAUUCUGUUGGUGGCCUCGAAGUCUUUGACAUUUGUCUGUAUUAUAUUUGUUUGUGUCUGCAGCCACAUGAAGGGGAGGAAAGCUGAGCUGUAGGCAAGAAGUCUGAAUAAAGGUACGAUCAGAAUAUCUGAAGUAUAAAAAUGCUCUGAGUGGAAGGACAGCGCCUGAAACGGGGUGAUAACAGGACCUGUAUGGACGUGUGGUGAUCUGGGUUGCACGAUGUGCCACUGAAGUAUCUGCAGGUGUAGUGAGAGCUGAAUACCGAGGGAAGGAGCUGCCGUGCUUCCUUUGCUACCUCCUUUAGCAGAGGAUCCUUUCAGAAGGGAGCGGCGAUGAUGGUGUCCCAUGCUAUCAGACUUUUCACGACGACAUCAAACGAUCAUAGUGAGCGAUGCGGCGCAGAUCGUGUAAAUGUUAAUUAUGUUUGUUUUCCAUUUUAUGUCGACAUGUUUGAGCCCUGCAGGAUGAACUAUGAUCGUUAUGAUGCUGUAAAUAAA